GCGAGGGCUGAACUUGUGAUGCGUUGUGAGUUAGUGCAACUACAGGAAGCCCCUGUCACUUGUUAAGGAAGGGAGGAGGAAGAUGCACACUUUUGCGCGUCAGUGACUCAGUCGCAGAUUUGAGAGAGAGAGGGAAAGAGAAAAAGCCUGAAGGUUUGUCGGAGGGUAGGAGCUUUGCUCUUCCCCAGCAACAGUCCCGGACGGGAUCAUGUUCAUGUCGAAGGCUGUCAGCCGGCUCAGUCGCAAGCGGCCACCUUCAGAAAUACAUGAUAAUGAUGUCCCUGCUGGUUGUAGCCAGCCGAAUACAUCUGGAUUCUCAAAAUGGGCUAUUUCUCUAGAGAAUCUCCUUGAAGAUCCAGAAGGAGUAAAACUUUUUAGGGAUUUUCUAAGACGAGAAUUUAGUGAAGAAAAUGUUUUGUUCUGGUUAGCAUGUGAAGAAUUCAAGAAAAUUCAAGAUGAGAAGCUGCUUCAUGGCAAGGCACAGCAGAUCUAUAAAACCUUUCUGUGCAGUAAGGCAGCAACACAGGUAAAUGUGGAGGGUCAAUCUCGUCUCACCGAGAGUAUGCUUGCACAUCCUCAUCCCUUCAUGUUUCAGAAACUACAAGAACAGAUAUUUACUCUCAUGAAGUAUGACAGUUAUAAUCGUUUCCUAAAAUCUGACUUAUGUCAACAAAUGAAGCUGCAAGAAGAAAGUCAAAUGAACUCUUCAGAGGCUGAUGAAUCAGUCCCGAAAAGAGCAUCCAGGAUUUACAACCGAUAACAGAAAAUCCGGAAUAGCUCCAUGGCAACUGUGUGCUUUCUUUGCUUUAUUCGCUAAUGGACCGUAAUGAUGCCCAUUUAGCUAGAAGUUGGCUGCGCUGAAGAAGGGGAUGCGUUUGGUCUGUUUCUGAUGGGGUUGAGUAUUCUCGGCCGGGAUGCAAGCCAACACAACUUCAGAACCAGAGCUGAUAACAAUGACAUUUACAUUACAGCUUUGGGAUGGGUGAGCGGACAUUUUCCCACAACCUCACUGAUGAGAAAAGCCGACUAUUGUGAUUUUAAUUUGCUGUAUAAUAGGCCAUGAUUUCCACCUGCCUUACACUGUUGUUCCCGUCUCUUGCUGGAAUCCAUUUAAGUUUGAGUAUUACAAAUGAAGAUAAUAGUUUUAAUUAUUAAUUUAGUCCGUUACACAUUUUUGAAUUGGGAACUACUUAAAACAAAAAGUAAUUCAGAAAAUCUGUACUGUUUGCAAUUUGUUUGUGUUCUUCAAUCAGCAGGCCCUGUAUUAAACUGGACAGCAUGGUAGGCUGUGAGCCAAACACACAAUAUUAAUUAUAAAUGCAUACACUACUGGUACCUUCCUGUCUAUUGGUGUUUAGCACUUCCAUUGGAAGUGCGCCAUACCUUUAUUUCAGUGCUUGUUAUGACAAGGUGUAUGCUUUUGUCACUUUCUAUAUAGAAUGAGCUUGCUGCCCAGUACGCCGUUGGCAUUUAGGGCAGCAAUGAAGGUCCUCCCUUUCUGGCGGUGUUCAGGGAUUCCUUCAUCGUGUCAAUAGCUUCCUCACAGUUUUCACUACUGUUGGUCACACAAAUCCCAGGAAUGCCGUCAUAAUAAGACGUAGAAGGACCCUACACUGCUGUUUCCGUAACUAUUUUCUUUUCCCAGUCAUGGUUGUUAGUCCUGAGCUGAACCUUCGAACCUGGAGGACCACUGGACCUCUCUCAGUCUGGCUUGUUUGGUAUGGGUGACCCACCAAGUGCCAAAGCUUAAAGCCCUGACUCCAGCCAACAGAGCUCUCCGAGUCAUUGAGGCACACAAGCCUCCAAACCUAUCGACAAGCCUGUGGUCCUCUUGGAGUUUCUAUAAAGAAGUAGAGCACAAAAAGAGGAGAUUUAUGAUUAAAAGAUACAAUUGAGAGUUGAGUUUACCAAUGAGGACAGGCUGUAUUUUACAGUAAUCAUUGUGAAGAUUACAUUUAGUAUCCUUGCAUAUCUAACCAAGCCAGUAAUGCAGGGCAACAUCAAAGCACAACAUUUCCUUGGAAAUCUGUUAAAUCUUCAUUAACUUUCUUGGUCUGUUAUUUUACUGUGAACUCUGGGUGUUGAUAUUCGAGUAAUUAUCUUGCAAUUUUAUUUCCCUUUUUUUGUAUGCAUUCUAAUUACAGAGAGAAUGAUUUAUUUUAGUUGCCCGUAAGGAACUAAAUGGUCACCUGGUGUAGUCAAUGAACUCCCUGCCUUUGAUUCUUACUUUGAACUUGUUUAAUGGGCUUUGUAAGAUUAGUAACUGCAUAAAAGGCUGACAAAAUUAUAUCUAUUCAUAAAUAUGACUUCUGUGUGAUUGUGCCAUAAUCCAUCCCCUGCAGUACUGCAUUUUAUGUACUCCAAAGUAUUACUAAAAAUCAUGAAUGCUGGGGACCCAGAUCUUCAAGUGUGCGGAAAUGGUGAAUUGACAUACAGUAGCGGGCAAAAGUCUGAGGCAUAACUAGGGUGCCUAACCUUUAGCACAGUACUGUAUUUCCCAACAUGGAGCAGGGAGCAAGUUUGUAAGGGACAUUGGAGCAAAGGAUGUUGAGGAUGGUUAGGGUGGAGUGCCACGGGAGGGGUGUGGGACAGGUGGCAGAGAAGGAGUGCCAGGGACGGGGUUGGCACGGGUGCAGACACACCCAGCCCUGAGACACCAGGCAAAGUCAUUUGAUUCUGAAUAAUUGGUUUAUUGAUCACUACAGAAUGUCUCUCUGGUGCUUCCCGCUCCCUCCCCUCUUCCUUUCCCUUUCCCCAACUGUGAUUCCCCUCUCCCUGCUUCCUUCCCAUCUCAGUCCACAGCAGAGACCUGAUAUCAUCACUUGCAUAUGUUACGAAAUUUGUUUUUUUUUGUGGCAGCAAUACAGUGCAAUACAUAAAAUUACUACAGUACUGUGCAAAAGUGUUGGGCACCCUAGUUUUAUAUUAUAUAUAUAUAUACCUAAAACUUUAGCACAAUACUGAAAACACUGCAACUUUGUGGCCUUGAAUUGAUAUAUAAAGUACUUUCUUAGAUGAUAAAAUCUUGAGAGAUCUGCUUUCCAUUCACAGUUCUAUGCCUACCUUUGAUAUUGGUGUUAGAAUGAAGCAUCCUUUGCUAAUGCAAGUAAAAUCACCGAAAGCACAAGUUUAUAGGACAAUGGCACUUUUCUCCACUAGGAGCUGAAAUGGAUUCCUGGUCUGAACAUCCUCCUUUCUGUGCAGUUUCCCAAACAAACUAAUUUCAUACAUCAAAAGAAUGGAGCAAAAAAUCUUUUUCUAAGAGUUAGAAUAUUUAAAAUAACUUCUGGAUACCACCACUAUCCACUGAAACAACAGCUAUUUCACCAAUCUCAGUGGAAAAAUAAUAAAAUUCUCAGGUCACAUAUAGUAUAUGCUUGUGUUUUCCAGUGAUGCUUACAGCAAGGCUAAAAUGAGUAUUGAAAAUUCAUCUGUGUUCUUAUCAUAAAUAAUCAUCAGUGGUCAAGGCUUUCAAAGAAGCCUUCCUUUGCUUUCUGCUGCAUUUCUGCCAGGCUCUGCACUUAGAAAAUAUUAGUUGCUUUGUGAAUAGUUGCACUCCAACUUAAACAACAAUGAUAAUGUCCGUUACUGCUGUGUAGCAGUUAUCAAGAUUUGCUUUGGCUUAUUUAUGAACUAUUGAUGUCAUCUUGUUCCUUUUUGGUGAGUUCAAGGAGGUUGAAGUAUUUAUUUUGGGAAUAAUCCUCAGAUGUUUACAUGGUUGAUUCAGCAUUGCCUCAAUACCAAUUAUGUUUGCCUCUGCUGCAACUUUAGUGCAGAAUAUUCUGUUUCAGUAUUCAUUGUUAACAGGCUGUAGAGAAACAGCCGAUAUUACCUGCUCAGUACUUUGGAAUGCUUUCAGUAACAACACCCAAACUCCACUGACAUAAAACACUGAGAACUACUUUGAGAGCUUUCAUAUAGACCCAUAAAAUGGUGCAUAAAACAAUUCCAGUGGGUUAAUUCCAGGAAGGUAGCAGAUACAUGAAACCCAAUGCCCAAUAUAUAUAUUGGUGUGUGGUAGAAAUAGGAAAUGCUGCCAUUCUGAAAGAGUUAACAUUAUCAUCAUGUUCGGCAUUCAUAAAGACUUCUGGGAAUACGUAGCUAGCUUAUUUAUUCUGAGAAGAUCCAACAGUCGGUUUUAAAUGGAUGUUAAGAUGCUCUUAUUGCUAAUUUGUUGACUUAGAAUUCAUUACUGCGAAGUUUCCUUUUGCCAACCAGGACAAGAGGCAUUCAGAUUUAGGUAAUGAAUUCUUAAUAAAAAGCCGAGAAUUUGCUCUGUAAGCUGGUGCUCCAUGGCCAACUCCCCAUUGAGGGAGUAGGUAGUCACUUUGUCAUUGGGCAUUUAUCAACGUCACUUUCUACUGAACUGCUGGGUGAUGCACCCAGUGAUCAAUUCAUCCUCAGAUCUCUUCAGAAGUGCCUAUUUUAGACUUGAUAGUCCUGGCUGAGAUCAGGAUCUCAGUCUGCAAGAACUGUAAGUAUAAACCUACACCAACCAUUAAAUGGCAUACAGUUUGGUGGUGACUUAACUUUACCGCUAGGCUUUACAGAUAAGUUUCCAAAUAUAUUUUUUAUCGACUUACCACAACUGCAGCUUCGGGAAUAGUUCAGCAAAUAAAAGUGUGUGUCAACUCCUGCUUGUUGCUUGAUAUUAGCAUAAGAUUUUCAAAAACUGAAUUCAGGAGGUCUUUAAAAAAUAGAUUAUUUUGUGUUAAAUUGAACGUGUUUUGAUACUGUGUUUACAUUGAUAUUUGCCAGUUGUGUGACUAAUUUGUAUAUAAGUCUUGUAUUGUUUUAUUUGGGUAUUCAAUUUUACUUUGCUGAUGAAAAUUAUGUUUAUAUUUGGAUAAAUGGAAGUGCCUAAUUACAUCCACAUAGAGUGAGUUUGGAAGUUUCUUUUUCCAUCUUGAAGAUAAUGAUAGUCUGAAAAUGGAUGUACACAAUAUAAUGUAUUUGGUUUAAAGGAAAUGCACUAGUCUGCUGUGUGGGUGCGUAGCUUUACAGACUGUUUUUUUGCUUUGCCAAUAAAACUAGACAAUG